AUGACGUCACAGCCAUAUCGCAAUCCUACACAGACGCGUCAAGGCCGCAGCGUCGAGCUGCCGAAAAAGAAACAAAGAAAAAGGUACUGGGUUCAUCCUUAUUUGCAAACUCGAGAUGAGACUAAACAUUUUGAAAUAUUUUUCGGAGAGCUCAAAAACUAUGAAGACAAGUUUUUUCGAUACACUAGAAUGAGUCUAAAAUCAUUUGAAGAACUUUUAAGCAUUCUGAGAACCUGUAUAACAAAGCAAGAUACACAGUUUCGGAAUAGCAUUAAGCCGGAAUUAAAGUUAACGAUAGUGCUAAGAUAUUUGGCAACAGGAUGCUCAUUCGCCGAAUUGCAUUAUGUAUUUAGAGUUGGAGUGAGCACUGUCGCCGAAAUAGUUCGAGAAGUAUGUGCCGCUAUAUGGAUUUGUUUGAAAGAGAUGAGAUGA